CGCCGAAUUGCCGUCACUGUCGUUCCAUUCGAUGCUGAGCAGGCCGAACUAGCGGCUAGUGCAUACGAGCGCUACGGCAAAGGCCGCGGUCAUCCGGCGCAGCUCAACUUCGGAGACACUUUCGCAUAUGCCCUCGCCUCCGUGUGGGGCCUUCCCCUCUUGUACAAGGGCGAGGAUUUCUCGCAUACGGAUACCGUGGCGGCGGUGUAA